GAACGAGGCCAUACACAAAAUUGAAAAGCACUAUUUUGCUGUUUUUAUCAAUUUCUCCUUUACGGUGAUCUUUUAUAGAGUCCUUACAUAGGUUGUUAGACUAUAAUGUUGCAAUCCUGGAUACUAGGGACGGUAGCAGUCAUCUGUUUUCUUCAUGCAGCUGAUGGCCAUGAAAAACUAUCUAUUGGAAUAAAAUGUGACCCCAAUUCUAACUUUACAGACAUACAUGGAGAUACACAUGUUCAUCUGUGUAACACAUGUAUGUUUCCUAAUGACUGCAUCCUUAACAACACAUGUAGAAAACCUAGCACAGGUGCAAUGUGUGAACGUUGUCUAGAGAAACAUGAAGUCACCCUCGAUGAAUAUGGAGAUCCACUUGAACAUAAUGGGUUCCACCGUGUUGGUAGCAGGUGUAUUGAGUGUAUGAUGAUUCCUUGGGGAGCAAUAGGAUUGGGAACUCUGCUUGUAAUAGUUCUUAUACCUUCUGUCUGCAAAGGCUUCACAACAUCCAUUGGUAUCAAGGUUCGACUUCUUGUGCACUACCUGCAGCUUCUGGCUCUAUCUUUGUCACUACG